AGAGGAUAGCAGCUUGCAGAGCCAGGGCCAGGAGCAUGACUGAGCAGCAGGAGCAGGGUGAAGUAACAGGCCUCCUCUCAUCGCACGACCUGGAGCCCUCCAAAGACGACGACACGCACGGCCACUUCAGGUUUCAUCUGAUUGAAGACCUGUCAUAUGAAGAUGUGAAGAAAUGUUACAGGGGCUCGUGUGUAUCUUGCAGUGGUUUGCUCCAGGCCUUGGAUGUGCGCGAGUGUGUGUGUGAGUACGGUGCCAACGUGCUGAGCCUGGUGCAGAGCUCGCGUCCUCUGAGGGAGAGGGUUGUUUCUGCGUCGAGCCGAGCCGGUGGUGCUGGAGGUGGGGGAGCUGCCGGUGCUGGUGCUGUGCGGGCAGGCCGGUCCACCAAGGAGCUGCUCAUGACUCUGCCCUGUCCCUCUGCACAGACUGUCAGCAAGUACAACUCGCAGUACCACAAACUGUUCCCCUGCGUGCCCAAGGAUGAGAUCCUCAUGAAAGUGUACUCCUGCGCUCUCCUCAGAGACAUCCUUCUACAGGGUCGGCUGUACAUUUCUAGAAACUGGUUGUGUUUCUAUGCCAACCUCUUCGGCAAGGACAUCAAGGUGGCUAUUCCCGUCAUUUCUGUGAGGCUGGUGAAAAAGCACAAAACAGCUGGCCUUGUGCCCAAUGGCUUGGCGAUCACAACAGACACCAACCAGAAGUAUGUAUUUGUCUCUCUGCUGUCAAGGGACAGUGUGUAUGAUGUCCUCCGCAGAAUCUGCACACACCUACAGGUCAACGGGAAGAGCCUGAGCUUGAAACAGUUCAUGGAGGAGCCGACUCUAUCGCUGGACGAGUUCCCGACUCCAGAUGAGUUCCCAGUAGUUGAUGAAUUUCCAUCAGUGUUAAAGUGGAGGAGGAAACCCUCUGUGGUGUCUGUGUCUUCCUCUCUUCCUAACCUCCUGGGGACCUCCACCAGCGGCAUCGGAGCUGCAGAAACACCCUUCAAGGCAGAGCAGCCGUUGGAAGGUAGGUGAACGGGGGUGAUGGAGACAGGGUUGAUCACUAGUCCAAGGACAGAUAUGGGCUCAGAACAGAUGAAUCUCAUCAUCGUCUCCUCUCUCAUCAGCAUCAUUCUGCUUAUCAUGUCAUCGUGCUACCUGGCAUUUCGGGUGUGCAGUCUGGAGCAGCAGCUGUCGUUCCUCAGUAACCCCAACCUGCCCCUGAGAGAGAGGUAA